GUCCUAAUGAGCUGGCUCGCGAAGAGAAAGAGCAGGGUUGACAUCUCGGCUGGACCGUGAACGUGAAAUACCUCGUAUAGCCGGGUCUCCGCCGCUUCACUACAGACCGUACCGUGGCCGCGGGAGACGGCUGUCUGCCUGGGUUCCCUUCUCUCCUCCUCCUCCUCCUCUUCUUCCUCGCAGCUUCUUCCUCCUCUCCCUGACUUUUUUUGACUGCAUGUUCAGCCACACUGCCUCCCUCUGCAUCUUCACUUCGGCCCCGCCGCAGCCCGGGCGAGCAUGGACAGUCGGGUACUCGAGCAUCCUCACGCCCAGUUCGGAGGCUCCUUGGGCGGGCUGGUGGGCUUCCCGUACGCGCUCGGCCCCCAUCACCACCACCACCAUCACCAGCACGUCUACGAGCUCGCCAGCGGGCACCAGCUGCAGUCCGCGGCCGCCGUCCCCUUCUCUAUAGACGGAUUACUUAACGGCUCCUGCUCGGCCUCGGUGGUCAGCUCCAACUCGCUGCUCUCGCCCGACAGCCAGCAGUUCAAACUCUCAGAUUCUGGGGACCCGGAUAAGGACAGUCCCGGUUGUAAACGGAGACGCACGAGGACGAAUUUCACCGGGUGGCAGCUGGAGGAGCUCGAGAAGGCUUUCAAUGAGAGUCACUAUCCGGAUGUGUUCAUGCGGGAGGCGCUCGCGCUCAGGCUUGACCUCGUGGAGUCCAGGGUUCAGGUUUGGUUCCAAAACCGACGUGCUAAAUGGAGAAAAAAGGAGAACACAAAGAAAGGGCCGGGGCGGCCUGCUCACAACUCCCACCCGACCACCUGCAGCGGCGAGCCCAUGGACCCCGAGGAGAUCGCACGCCGGGAGCAAGAGCGGGCCGAGAAGAAGAAACGGAAACAGGAGAGGAAGCUGCUGAAGUCACAGAACAAACUUCUCGCAGGUGACAGCUUCCACACACCUGGAGGUUCAGAGAGUGACAGCGGGGUCUCCCAGUUCACUGACAGCGAGCAGCAGUCUUCAAGUGUUAAUGGGACUAUUCACAUUGAACUGCCAGCAACAAAGGGUGCAGGAGGACACCAAACUGAAUCCAGCUGUGACCAAACACGACACGACUUCAGCCAACUACAAAACCACCAAAACCAAAGAACCGCAGGAGAACCGGAGCAGGUUUCUCCAGGCAGCAUGCACAGCUCCAGUCCUGAAGGCCCGAGGUCCUCUGCCCUACAGAAACGCAACCCUUUCAGUGUGGAAAGCCUCCUCUCUGACACCACGCCUCGACGGAAAUCUCAGCUGGACUUCCCCUCUUUGCCCAGUCAGAGGACACUGGUGGGUAAAGGCCACUUCUUGCUUUACCCCAUUACCCAUCAGCCCUUGGGCUUUCUAGUGCCCCAAACCGCCCUGAAGGCCUCACCGUGUCAGGACAGCAACAUUAACAGGCUCAGCCUGGGACAGCGGUGUGUGCCAAGUGAAGGGAGCCCUGCUCCCUCUGACCUCUCCAGCUUUGUCACUAAGCCUCUAAACUCGGAUCAUAUGGAGCAUAACACACAGCAUCACCACAAUCACAUUAGCAAUAGAGUGGAUGGAACGGACAUGGAGGAGUGUGGUGGGGACUGCAGUACUGGAAGAUUCCCCGUUUCUCCUCCGCCAGACAGUGUGGCUCAGGCGGCUCUGGCCAGGCUGAGCUCCACACAGUCCAGUGACAGUAGCGAGGAGAGGAGUUUGAAAGUUCGAAUGGAGGCAGCGUCCAAUGGCUGUCAAGCUGCCGAGCUGCUUGCAAAAGAGAAGGGUGCAAGAGAGGAGCGAGCGUCUCCAGACCUCUCCGAGCAUCUCAAGACAAACACAGACUGUCAAGAAACACCCGGAACAGAUGGAGAGGAUGUCGAUAUGGACUAACACUUGCAAGGAGCAAACAUAAACAAAGGACCAGGAACACCGCUCAGACUAUUCAAACAUUCCCAAAGCUCUGCUGAGACACUCUAAAACAUAUCAGGAAUCAGGAGACUUAAUUCUCAUCUAUUUUUUAAUCAUAAUGUGUGAUCAAUCCAGAUGGCCCCCAAAAAGCUGUGGCCAUCCUCAUAUUCAGACUUUAGACCUAAACACCUUUAGAAGCAGGUUCUUUAUCUCUUUUUUGGUGACCAACUUGUAACAAAAACUAGUACAAUAAACAUCUUACACACAACAAAAAUCCUCAGAUAUUGUAAAAACCAGAAAAUGAUAUUUAUAUGUAAACAUUUUGAUAAAUAAAGUUAUUGUUUAAAUUGAA